AUGGCCGAGCCUAAGCCCACACUCCCCAGAAAAAGCGCCUUCUCGUGCGAGGCUUGUCGCAAACGCAAGGUUAAAUGUAACGGAGCAAGUCCGUCAUGUUCACGUUGUGCUACGAGGGGUGAGCUCUGCGUAUACAGCUUAGCCCCAACUUUAUCCUACACCAAGCAACUCGAAGCAAGAGUCGCACAGCUGGAGGAUGCGCUGUCCAAAGUCCGUCCGGAUGGUGACGCGGACCUCCGAAAAGUCAGUACCCCGUCAUCGGUGGCUGAGUCUAGCUCGAGCGCGGGCCCCAGGGUCAAGAUUGAAUCAGAGACAGACGAUCUCGCACGCGAAUUCGAUGGCUUGAAUGUCGAAAAUGACGGUCGCGUGUCCUUCCAUGGACCCACGAGUUUGUUCCAUUUGCCGAGUGGGGUAGGCAAUGAUACAGCGUCGAAAUCGCACUAUGCGCAGGAAGUCGAAGGUCGCAAGGAGCGACUCAUCAACAAUGCAUGGCGAGAGAGAGCAUUCGAGCAGAUGGCUGCUAUGCCAGAACCUUUCCAAUACCUUCUCGACUCUCACUGGUGCUGGAUUCAGCCGCUUUGGAAUUUCGUCUACCGACCUGCGUUCACUCGUGAUAUGAAAAUCCACGGAACGUACUACUCGGACGUCUUAUUAAACGCCCUCCUUUCCCACUCCGUACGGUGGUGCAAAGCGGAACCUCAGAUUGGUCUGAUGUUGAACUCCUAUGAUGGCGGAGCACAAUUCUCUCACCGGGCAUUGACGGGCGUGUUUGAAUCUUUGAAAGUUGGAUAUGCUGGAAUUCCCACCAUCCAGACGUUACUUUUGCUCAGCGCGCAAGAAUGUGGCCGCGGAAACCGAACCCAAGCAUGGCUGUAUAGUGGUAUGGCGUUUAGGUUGCUGGACGACCUGGGAAUUUCCAUUGACAGUCGAAAAUAUUCGGGAUCGGCUCAACUCAGUGACGAGGAUAUUGAAAUCCGCAACCGCCUCUUCUGGAGUUGCUACUUCUGGGACAAGGUGGUUUCGUUAUACUUUGGCCGGGCGCCGACAAUGCAGCACUCCCGCGUCAGUCCACCGCGCAUGAUUCUCGAUGACACCGCUGAGAUCGAACCUUGGACACCUCAUGGCGUGACAUUCCCAGACGGCGCUCACUACCCGCCCACACAGGCGCAUUCGACGUCAUGCUUCAUGAAGAUGUGCGGCCUGGCAGAAAUUCUCAACCAGAUCUUGAUUCACAUCUAUGACCCGAUCCGUCGAAGUACGGACUCGGAUUUCUAUGAUUGCGUGCAAGAGCAGGGCAAGGCCCUCAGUGAAUGGUGGGAGGAACUACCAGACUUUUUGAAGCUGACAGCAUCAAGUCUCCCACCAUACUCACCCCCUAGCCACAUUGUGAUUCUGAACUGUUUAUAUCACACAAUCAAUAUCCUUCUACAUCGGCCAAUACUCUGCUCCCGAGAGCUUCACAAAACUCGUCCAGACGCAUACGACUCGAGCCAUUUAGUACAAUGCAUGGCAUCGGCAACGUCGAUUCUUUCACUCUUCGAUCUUUACCGCCGCACCUUCGGUGACAGCCAUGUGGUUCUUUCUCUCGCAUACAGUAUUUACACGGCAUCAUCUAUUUUCCUCCUCGAGAUCCAAGCCUUGAAGUAUGCAGCACCGGGCACACUAGACAAGCUCAAGUUCUGCAUCUUCGCUCUGGAGAGGAUCAAAAUCGCCACCCCAGUCGUUACAACAGCCCUUAAUCUCAUCUCCUUGGAACUCCAAAAACUACAGAUCAACAUUCACAUCCCAAUGUCCACUCAGCCCGAACAAACCCAAGAACACCACCCCCAGCACCAUCAAACACCCCAAACACAACACCAACAGCCUCGCCACAGCCAAUCACCAUCAGUAGGCAGCAAUCAAUCCCGCCACGUCUCGCCGGGCCAGCACCACCGCCAAAUCCCAACAUCCAUGUCAGCGCAUGCCCAAGGCCCGGCAUCUGAAACCCCACCCUUGAUGCAAGGAUUCAGCAACUUCCAACACCCGGGAGCAGUUUUCAACGCCCCUCAUUCCACCGACAUGCCUCAAAUGCCACCUACUCAUCUACUGGGCGGGAUGCCCAACGCCGUUAUGACGAUGGAUGACCCCGGAUCUUAUGAGAUCACACCUGAGGUCUAUGAGGCAUUCUCAUAUGCGCAACCCAUUCCAGCGAAUAUGACGCCUGCUUUUGAGCAGGGAUGGGGGAGACCUGCUCAUUGA